AUGAAUGUUAGCCAUUUGCUCGAUCAGGUGAUUGCAAGUCACGAUCGCAGAAUUAGACCAAACUACGGUCGGGCACCAAUUGAAGUGAACGUUACCAUUCAUGUCACUACAAUAACUGCUAUCUCAGAAGUUUCCAUGGAUUACACUGUUGCAUUGUACUUACGUCAGUUCUGGCAUGAUAAUCGCUUGGCAUUUGAAAGUGCUGAUGAGAGAGAAUUAACAAUCGGAAUUGAUUUAAUAAAGAGUAUUUGGGUUCCGGAUACAUUUUUCCCUAAUGAAAAGAAAUCAUUCUUUCAUGAAGCGACAACGCAUAACUCUUUCCUGCGUAUCGAUAAUCGCGGAAAUGUAUUUCUUAGCAUCAGGCUUACAAUAACAGCUAAUUGUCCAAUGAAUUUGCACAGUAGUUAUGCGUAUAGCACUCGCGACAUCAUUUAUCACUGGCAUUUGGGUGAAAGUUCAGUUACAAUCGAUGAGAAUGUUCAUUUGACUCAUUUUACGAUUAGCAGUCAUAGACAUGUUGAACGGGUCAUUUCCCUUAGUACCGGUAACUAUUCACGGCUUUCUACCUAUUUCACAUUUAAACGGAAUAUUGGUUUCUAUCUGAUACAAAUAUAUUUUCCCUCUUCUUUAAUUGUCGUCAUAUCAUGGAUAUCAUUUUGGCUCAAUCGUGAUGCCACCCAAGCUCGAGUUGGGAUAGGUGUUACAACGGUGUUAACAAUGACGACACUGAUGACCUCAACAAAUGCCUCAUUACCAAAAGUAUCGUACGUUAAAAGUCUUGAUAUUUUUCUUCAAACUUGUUAUUUCAUUGUUUUUGCAUCACUUCUCGAAUAUGCAACAAUUGGUUACCUAAUGAAACGAUAUCGAAACUCUUUGAUGGAUAAUACAGCCACUGCAACAGCUUGUUUUUAUAAAUUAGCUAAAAAUUCACCAAUAAUACAAAGGAAUCGAAUAGUGGGACGCAGAAGUUACACUUUCAGAACUGAGUCUGAAACUGAUUUCGAGAUACCGUUAUUGGAACAGAGAUCAGAAAAUCGGUUCAGCUUAAGGCGAGCUACGAUUAAAGCAUUUGCCAGCGAAUAUUUAAACAGUUGUUUAAGGAUACGACCAUCACAGGUUUAUAAUUUGAUGGAAUAG